AGAAAGUCUAGAAACAACGCGUCCACGUAUCAUCUCAUAAGCACUCUACAAACAUGUCAAGGACUAUGGGUGGACAGCUGCUGCCCUUGGAGCUGAUUGAUCGCUGCAUAGGAUCAAGAAUUUGGAUCAUCCUCAAAGGCGACAAGGAGUUUGUUGGGACGUUGCAAGGCUUCGAUGACUAUGUCAACAUGGUGUUGGAGGAUGUCACGGAGUUCGAAGUGAAUCCUGAUGGGGGGUAUCGAGAAACAAAGCUCGAUCAAAUCCUUCUCAACGGCAACAACAUCUGCAUGCUUGUUCCUGGCGGAGAAGGGCCCGUUGCGCAAGGAGGUGGACAAUGAGAAGACGGGAGAGUGCGGUCAAACACCAACAUCUACAUGUAAUUUCUACUUGCAACUCGAAGAAUCUUUUUUUAAAAUACUUGAAGAGAC